UCAAAACAGUGAUUUUUAACUCUAAAGCGUUUCCUUAUCUUACGUUUUUAAUUUUUGCUGUUUGUAGUGUUUAAACUCUACUUUUAAGUACUGAAGUUUUCGUUAAUAUUUAUUCAAUUUUGCCAAAAAACUAUCACUAAGUGACAUCAAAAACACUGUCAAGUUAUUGCAUACAAGUAAACUCAGGAAUGCCGAAAUAUUAUUGUGAUUAUUGUGAUACAUACCUUACGCAUGACUCUCCAUCUGUGCGUAAAACUCAUUGUCAAGGACGUAAACAUAAAGAUAAUGUAAAGUUUUACUAUCAAAAAUGGAUGGAAGAACAGGCACAGAAUUUAAUUGACGCUACAACUGCUGCUUACAAAGCUGGCAAAAUUGGCAUGAAGGGAGUAUGCAUUCCACCGCCAAACAUGGGUCCUGCAGGACCACAAAUGUCUAUGCCACCAGGAUCUAUGAUGCCUCCUGGUCAAAUGCCUAUGGGUGCACCUCCAAUGAUGCCCAUGGCACAGAUGAUGAGGCCUCCAAUGGGUCAAAUGCCAAUGGGAGCUCCUCCAAUGAUGCCCCCCAUUCCAACUACAAUGAGGCCACCGCCAAUGAUGGUUAAUGCUCCGCCUGGCAAUCAAACUCAACAAUAAAAAGUUUUAUACUUUAAAUUGAUUAUCCAGAUGUGACUCGUGAGGUGAUAUUAUUGAAGGUGAAUGUUUAACAACAUCAUUCUACCAAGUUAAAAUAAAACGGAAUUUUAUAUGUUACUUUAUAUAACAAUAAUAUUUUCUGGUAGACUUAAUAAUUUUAAGGAUACUUUUGUUUUUUACCAUAUGAUAUCAAUGUCAAAAAUUAAUAUUAUUCUGUAUGCAUUUAUUUAUUCAUGUGUACCAUUUUUCAAUUCUCUCGUAUAACUAUAUUCAGUAUUGUAUCAAAUAGCUUUAGAAUGACCUAUGAUGAUUGUUGAAAAAAACAUUCUAAAAAUGUUUAAACUGCCUUGAUUUUAUAGUAAUAAUUUAUAACAAUUAAAAUUGCCCAAACAUUAAGAUGCUGUAUGCAUAUCGCUUUUUGUUCAUGUACAAACCAUACAAAUUGUACGUAUGACAUUUCUUUAUUUGAUAAACUGCUAUUAUAUGAUUUUUCUCAAAAUAAAAUAUUUUAUUUUAAAGUA